AUCGUAUAAAAAUAAAUGUCGCAGGUGAGUGCGGGCCAAGCUGUAUUUAUGCACCAUUACUAUAUGGCUCACUAGAUCUUCGGAAGACACUCUACUCUCAACCCUCUAGAUCUUGAAGGAAGCCACUGUCAAUGGCUCACCCCUUCUACUUCUCCUGCUACACCAAGGUACUUGUGUUCUCUCUUCUUCUCUUCCUUUUUCUUUCUCUUUGCUCCACUUCCUACUCCAAACCUCAACUUGUGAGCACUAGAACAAGUACUAGAGUUAGUAGUAGAAGAAUAUUAGAGGUUGAAGAAGAAGAGCAGCAGGAUGAGAAGCCCCUCAAGAAGAAAACCACCACAACCCAAUCCACCAAAAACCAAACCAAGCUAAUCAAACCCAAUACUACUCCUUCUUCCAAAAACCAAACCAAAAUCACCAAAUCUAGUAACCUCUCCACCAAAAAUCAAACCAAAACCAUCAAAUCCAACAACACCAUUUCCUUAAAAAACCAAACCAAAUCCAAUGCCACUUCCACCAAAACCAUCAAAUCCAACAACCUUUCACCCAAAAAUCAAACCAAACAACUCAAGGUUAGCUCAAAGGAAUCUCCCAAAACCACACCCACCGACACUGGACUCAAGAAGAAGCUCAAUUCCACCACCUCCGCCUCUACCCCCAAGAGCAAGAAGCUGAACUCCACAUCCAAAGCAACAACUCCUGUUUCCACUUCAAGCAAGAAAUCACUGGAUCUCGUGAAAGCAAGUAACAAAACUACAAAGGCCACCGCCACCGCCACCGCCACCGACAAGCAAACCAAAUCCAAAACAACAACUCAACCUCACGACGCCACAAAACAACAGAGCAAGAAACCUGCAAAACAAGCACCACCGGGUUGGUUCAUUGAUGAAGAAGAAGAUGACGAUAUGGUUUCAAUUUCAGAGUUCAGAGAUCUUCCAAACAAGUUCCAACGCACUUUAAUCCCAGAUUUGGAGCGAAUCACCACCACCUCCAAAGCCUACCUAACAAAAGCCAACGACGAAAUCACAAAAGGAUUCAAACCCUACGUCGGCAACAAAUAUGCACCCACCGUCGCCGCCGUAGCCUCCUGCGCUUUCAUCUUGAUCCCUCUGCUCUUAGUCUCACUCCUCUGUACCAGAAUCAAAGCCUUCUUCUCCCUCCAGAAGAUCCUGAUCUUCAUCCAAGUGUACCUCUCGAUCUACUUCACCAUUCUCUGCGUGUCUUCGUUGGUCACCGGAAUCGAACCGUUGAAGUUUCUGUACUCCGUUUCGCAUUCUACCUAUCUCUGUCUCCAGGUGCUUCAGACACUGGCUUAUGUGUUCUACCUGUUGCUGCUUCUCAUGUUCCUCGUACUCGUAUUCUCCACGGAGUGUGGGCUGGGCUUGAAGUUUCUGGGCCUGGCCCAGGUGUUUGUGGGCUUUGCUGUUGGGCUUCAUUACUAUGUGACGGUGUUUCAUAGGGUGGUGCUGCGGCAACCACCUAAGACGAGUUGGAAGGUACACGGGAUUUAUGCUACGUGUUUUCUCCUCAUUUGUGUUCUUGCUGGGGCUGAUAAUAGAAGGAAAAAGGCUUAUGUGGAAAAUGAUGGAGAAGAAGGCAAGAAGAACUAAAUACAAUUGUUACAUGUAUUUUUACGAUUCUCAUUUUCAUUUUGAUUCAAUUUAGAACAUAAAGUUAAUCAUAAUUAUAGCAGCAAAAUAAUGCUGUUUUUGUAACUAGAGCACUUCAAUGCCUAGUAGUUUGGCUGCAAAGUAUCCUUUUUAACUUCAGAAAGGGAAGGAUUCAACGAGCUUAAACACUUUUUUUAUUGUAAAAUAUGUUAGCAUCUCUUGUAAUGAGAAGUGAUAAAUGUCAUGAGGUCCAUUAGCACGA